UUCAGGUCUGGCGAAUGGCACAACUGUGUAUCGGGUGGUCUUUCAGUCGAGGACAGGAGCUGCCGGUGUCAUAUCCAUCAUACACUCCGUACUUGCGUAAUAGGAACUCGAUGAUUGUCAUCUUUCGCCACGAAGUCAGUGAAUUUUUCAACGCGAGUACUUCAAGCGCCUGUCCCAUAACUUCUCUUCAGAAGCUCAGAAUAGUUUGUCAUUCUGAUCGCAUCACUCAUCUGCAGCAGCAUCGGGUGACCACGGCUGCAAGUACUGCAGAAACUCCGCAGCGCAGAAUGUCUGUCGAGCCUUAUUUUUUAUUUGACAUCAGUUCGUUGAGAAUGAAACUGACAAGGCUUUUAGAAAGAGAGCAUGCGACUGUGCUUCGAGCAUGGAGAAAGUGAGCCGGUUGCCACUUCCAUAGCAUCAGAUCUGAGCUCUGAUGAUGCUCAUUCCGAUCUGUCCAGAUUCCGGAUGCUCCAUUUUCCUUCACAUCUUUCUUUGGAUGCCAGAGUUUCGUGGUCUUCAAGGACGAUGCAUAGUCAUCUGUCGAGAAGGAAGCCAUUCACAGGCUUGGCCUGGCCCAAGGUCAAAGUUGAAGCCGUCGAAGCUGUCGAAGCUGUCACCUGCUCCUACUCCGGUGACCAAAUGAUGUGGCAGCAAGUGGCAUGGAGAUGAUGUCGUCAUCUACUUCAUAAUCUACAUUUAGCCGUAGAGAGAGAUUAAAAAUUAUCUUCGAGUUGGCAACAUCACACAAGAUUUCAGGACAUGUGCGAAAGCCUGUAAUCGCAUUGCAUUAAGUAAUCGGGAUUUUUGGCAUGAGUGCAGCCAGUGUAGCGAAUUUUCUAUUCAUGUAAAAGAACUUACAGAUACAUUCUAAAAACACAACAUUUACUCUUCCUGUUCUCAUGAGACACAAGCUGCUAGAGCUUACAUUGCAUGCUGUUCAUGCGUGCAGGCAGAUUGAUAUUUGACAAAACAUUUCUUGUAUCGAUGAAGGCCAGGCCAAGUCAAUUAUGUACACUGUCAGGCUACAUGGGUGACAGCGAGGAUCAACAUUUGCCAUCAGUGGUGUGCUUGAGUUGCUUACGUUCUUGUGAGAUGUUCCUCUGACUGGUUUCUUAAAUUGCAUUAGGAGCUUGUUUGGGUGUCCAAGCAGUAACAGGAAAAUUAUAUGAGCUUGAUUCAAUCGACCACAAACUCUUAUGCACAAUUUAUAACGCAAAAAGUCCUCAUUUCAGAUGCACGA